ACGGUACCGGUGCAGUGCAUUGUGGGACACAGAGGAAGAUGGAGGCGGCCGCAAGCAGCAUGUUGAACACACAAUAACAUUCAAUUUAAAGCGUUGCAUCUCUGCAUGAGGCUUCAGUUUAUGUUCAGUUGUUAAAAUAAUAAAAAGACUCAACUGUAAUAAGGCUGCUGAUCGGUGUGGAUACAGGAAACGUCGAACAUGUCUGUGCUUGGAGGUUUGCUGAGAGCUGGAGCGUCCUUCUGUCAGUCUGCUGGGACUCUGCUGAAUUCAGCCAGGACCAUUUCUACUGGUACAUGCUGUCAGAUCAGGAUGCAUGCCAUCCCUCCACUGAAGAAGGUGGACAGGUGGACUGAGAAGAGGAGCAUGUUUGGUGUUUAUGAUAACAUAGGCAUAUUAGGAGAUUUUAAAGCUCAUCCCAAAGACCUUAUUGUGGCCCCCUGCUGGUUGAAGGGGUUCAAAGGCAUUGAACUGCUGCGUCUAAUUAGAAAGAAGAAGAUGGUGGGAAACAGAAUGACGACUCUGGACAGACACAACUUGGAGAAGAGGAUCCGUUUCCUCUACAGACAUUUCAACCGCUAUGGCAAACAUCGCUAAUGUCAAAGAAACCGCACUGGCACCUACAUCAGACAAGCCAGUAAAAACUGCUGGAGCUGAGUGGUGUGGUUUCAUGCUGACGCUGUGCUGUAUAUUGCCAUUUUUCUAAGUUAUUUACACAUGAAGAUAACUGAUAUGUUUGUUUCAGAUCAGCAUUUAUUGAUUGUCUUUGUCCACCAUAACAUUCCUGUAACACAAAAUACAUGAUAUACAGGAAAUUAAGCCUUGUUUCAUUCAUUCUAGCCAAUGUAAACUCCCUUAGAAUCCAUUAAAAUUUAAACUGUGA